AUGGCGAGUCACGUGCGGAGGCUGAAACUUUACCCGGAGCCCCAGACCGGGGGGCGGAGGACCCGGGAAAGGGCGAGUCUUAAAGGAGCCGCGCCUAGCAGAAGGCUGGACCAGAGGAAGCAAGAGAGAAAUCUCCCAGGGAGUCUCGGGUCCCCGUCCGGCUCCCUGUCCGGCUCUCUGUUACCCCAGCUCUGCCAAUUCUCCCCUCGAGGCUCCCACCUCCCUGCACUACAGCGAGCCGUGGGGGAGGAGGCAUGGGGAAAGCCUGAACUGCCGAGAGGGAAAAGACCAGAUCAGAAGCGGAGAAGCCAGGCGGAAGGCGGCCGACGGAGAAUUGGGAAGGGGUGUGCGUGGUCCUACCUGCUCAGAACCACCUCUUCUGGGAGACGGAGACCUGCUGCUGUUCGUAGCUUAAGACAGAAAUGUCUUCGAGGGCACCUGAUCUUUUCGGGAGGAACCGGAGGUCACAUCUUUCCCCAGAAGUUAAAAAGUGGGACAUCAGAGGUCUUAUUGCUGCAUCUUAAAAGGACACUGAAUAAAGGCAGGGAGCAACGAAGGGGAAGGAAGAGAGAGCUCUGCCGACGUUCCGAAUCUCUGGAUGGCUUGGACCUCACACUCUCUUGCCAGUCAUCCAGCCACAGGCAGGUCUUCACUGAGCCAGAAAUGUCAGUUGCAGCUCUGGGGUUGAAACUCACACCAAUUUUCUUGUGUCUGUGUGCGUUCCAUGGCAAUACCCACCAACACUCUAUGGAAGCUUCAUCUGCUACUGUGAAGAAAAAUAAAUAAACCAGGAUACAGACACACAGCCCACCACCUUCAAGAGGAAGAAUGUAGGUCAGCAUCUCUGCCACUACUCCCUGCGAAACAGCCUAUGCUCCUGGCAAAAAACAAGUAACCACAGGCUCAGGCCAGCCCCUUAAAAAUCCCACCAGAGCUGUCAGCUUCAGUGAGAAAAGGACUUUCUUCCCCCUCUCAGUCCGCUCCAGCUGUCUGAAUCACACUGAAGACCUCGCUGACAAACAUGCAUCAGGUGUCGCUUCCACAAGGGCAGCGGAAGCCAAGCAGGGACUCUAAGGCAGCUUCACGCGUCACUGACAGAACCAACCCUGUUCCAAUUGCUGAAGUCUUAAGAGCAUCAGUGACCUAGAAAUUGACAGUGUGGGGAGAAUGGAAGGAAAGGAAACUAACAAACCAGUACACAGAAAACCUGAUUUCCAAAUACCAGGGGAAAGGAAGAGAAAGGAGGUAGAGGGGAAAGAAAUUUGGCCCCUUUGAAUCUGCAAAGGCGAUCUUGGCUCAGAGCCAUGGAGGAUGCAUAGCCGCCCCACUGCGAGGCAAACCACGUUCCUGACUCCAGCCCUGCAGUUAAGAGGAAGGCGCCAAGCCUCCAACACAACGAGGUGGGGAGGCUGCUCCUUUUUGGGCAGGAUCCUACUGUGGACACAGAACAGACAGCAGCUGCCCACAGUGUGGAAACAAACUGUAAAGCAGUCACGUCUCUUAAGGCUGCAGCAUCCAAUAAAAUGUAAUUUAAAUCAA